AUGGCAGGCAUAUUGAAAUCGAAAAAGAUCCUUAUCUCUGGGGGCACCGGCUUUGUCGGCUCAGCCACCGUACGUGCCCUGGCAGCCAAACAUCCCAGCUGCGCCAUUACCGUCAUCGAUCAGAGUCCACCUCGGCCGCAGCAUGCGCUCCCAGCAGAAAUUACAUGCAUGCAGGUGGAUAUCACUACGGCAGAAGAAGUCAGCAAGGCUUUCCAGGCCGUUGAGCCUGACGUCGUUGUCCACACCGCAGGUAUUGUACCGACCCUCGCAGACCGUUUCGGCCGAAGGCUGGAGCCCCAGGUGUGGAGGGUCAAUGUCGAGGGCACGCGCAAUAUGUUGAAUGCGGCCGCCGAAACUAAUGUGAAGGCCUUUGUUUAUACGAGCACUUGCUGUGUGGUGACGGAUGACAUGAGCACAUCAUACUUCAAUAUCGACGAAAGAUGGCCACCGUCUGAGAGAUCUCUCAUCUAUGGCGAAUCAAAGGUUGCCGCAGCCGAAGCACUCGUCCUCGAGGCAGACUGCACCACGAUGGCGACUUGUUCCCUCCGGCCAUCCGUUUUGUGCGGAGAAGGAGAUUAUCAGCUGGUUCCGGCCAUCCACGCGUGUAUUGCCAAGUACGAGACGCCCUUUAUCAUUGGCGAUGGACUCAAUUUGUGGGAUGUGACCCACGUGGGCAAUGUCGCGGACGCCCAUGUCCUCGCCGUGGAGAAUCUGGUGACCUCGCGGACGGCUGCCGGCGAGGCGUUCUUCAUUCAGAAUAAUGAGCCCAUCACCUUUCGUGAUUUCUGCCUCGCUAUCUGGGCACACUUCGGGCACAUCCCGCCCUUCGAAGUUCGAGUCCCGGAAUCGCUGGCCUACUUUGCAGGAUUACUGUGCGAGAUAGCGACCUGGGUGACUGGCACCACCACCACCCUAAGUCGGGGAAGUGUGCGAGAUGCAUGUGCCAUUCGAUACGCAAGUGGGGAAAAGGCCAGAGCCAUAUUGGGGUACGAAGCUCGCAUCGGUAUAGAAGACGCGAUCCGUCUGAGUUGCGAGGUAAGCAGAACACAAAUGAUCCGAAAUCCUGCAGUUGAAGAAGUAGCCGGAGUGGACAGCUCAUGUACAGAAAUGCAGGAAUAUGCCCGCCGUAUCGGCGUUGAGCGACAUACCAACAACCCCUAG